AUGUCUUACUACAAUCAGCAGCCCUACCCAGGUGGCCAAUACGGCCAGCCACCUCCUCCUCAGCAAGGCCACUAUCCUCCUCCCGCUGGCACAUACCCCCCGCCAGGCCAAUACCCUCCUCAGCAGGGCCAAUAUCCGCCUCAAGGGCAGUAUCCUCCUCCCGGGCAGUAUCCGCCUCCGCAACAAGGACAUUACCCACCUCCUGCUGGCGGGCAGUAUCACCAGCCGCCUCCGCCCCAACAGGGCCACUAUCCUCCGCCAGCUGGCCAGUACCCUCCGCCUGCCGGCCAGUACCCCCCGCCAGGACAGUAUCCUCCGCCUCAACAGCAGCCGUACGGUGCUCCUCCGCCGCAUCAACAAUACGGUGCUCCCCCUCCAGGCCAAUACGGUGCUCCUCCGCCAGGGCCACCUCCCCAGCACGGCUACGGGGCGCCACCACCACAACAUGGCGGCCCUCCGGCGCCGGCCAGCCUCGGAUAUGGGCCACCUCAGAUCAUCCAGUGGGACGCCACGCCUGACGCGCAGGCCCUCCGAAAUGCGAUGAAGGGCUUUGGAACUGACGAGAAGACCCUGAUCCGUGUACUGUCGACCAAGGACCCUCUUCAGAUCGAGGCCAUCCAAGCUGCGUUCACACGCAAUUUUGGCCGCAACCUGAUCAAGGAUAUCGAAUCGGAGACUCGUGGCGAGUUUGAGAAGGGUCUGGUCGCGCUUUGUCGGGGACCUCUGAUGCAUGAUGUGUACCUGCUGCGCGAGGCGCUCAAGGGGCCCGGCACGAACGAGGCUGUCCUCAACGAUGUCUUGCUCGGCCGGUCGAACGCCGACAUGGCGGCAAUCAAGAGCGCCUACGCAAGAGAGUUCCGUGCUUCACUCGAGAGCGAUGUCAAGGGCGACCUCAGCUUCAAGACGGAAGAACACUUCAUGAUCGUCCUCGCAGGGAACAGGAUAGAGGAGAGCACGCCGAUAAACCAGCAGGCCAUCGAGCAGGAAGUAAAGGACCUGCAUCGCGCGACCGCGGGCCAGAUGGGCACGGACGAGAUGCUGGUCUGCUCGAUCCUGAGCACGCGAAGCAACGCGCAGAUCCAGGCCAUCAACCGCACGUACGAGCAGAGGUUCCGGAAGAAGUUUGAGGAUGUUAUCCGCAGUGAAUUCAGUGGCCACAUGAAGGACGCCCUGCUGUUCCAGCUCCGAUCAGCAACUGACAGGGAACGCAAUGCGGCGAUAUUGCUGGAGGAGUCCAUGGCAGGAAUGGGCACCAAGGAUACCCUUCUCGUUUCCAGGGUCGUCCGUUACCACUGGGACAAGGUGUUUAUGGCUGGCGUUAAGAAUAAGUAUCGGAUGCUGUAUGGCAAGGCUCUUGGGGCUCGCAUCAAGGGCGAGACAAGCGGGGACUAUGAGCGGCUCAUGCUCGCUUGCAUUGGGGAGUUCUAA